AUGAGAUCGGUUAUGCUAGCUCUUGAAACACCAGAGCUUCUAGCCGAGUCAUUCCUCGCCAUGUCCGCUCGAUGCGGACAUGGCUCUCCAAAAGGCAUUCGGCGCGUGCUUCUAUCGCACAGAAAGUCCGAAGGCUGCCUUGCGACAUGUCGCCUAGGCCCGAAGAGCGCCUGUCAUCCAAAAGCCGCGUGA